CAGAGACAAUUCCACGUGGACGAAUAUGUGGGGUACAUGAAGGGGCAAAAAAGUGUCGUAUAUGGAAAAAUCAUUCUCGAUUGUAAUCCGGUCACUCAAGACUUGUACAAACUUAAAAUUGGGCCUCUCUCAACGGAUGUGGCACAUGUUUCUGUGCAAAAUCUUUUUAAAAUAUUUCGAAGUACACAACCCUCAGACUUCACUUUACCCGAAGAAACACGUCAAGAACACGACUUCGAUGAACAGACGACUAAUGACGUGUUCCCGUCUGAGGAGUCGGUCCCAACUACUUAUUUCAAUAGCUUACAUCAGGAAGUGAAAGGGGGUGGGGACUCAGAUAUAAAGAAUAUGAAAUUUAUCCAGGAAUACGUGAAAGUUGAGUCUGAAAUAAAAAAUCAAAUCUCUGACUUAAAACAGAAAAGCUUGGAAGAAAGAAAAAAAAAUAUCAAAAAAUUAAUGUUGCGAUGGCAUCCCGACAAAAACCCAAACGAUACAGAACUGUCAACAGCUGUGUUUAAACUUAUCAAUUCGGAAGUGGAGACAUCUUGUCUUUUCGACGAAUCCAAAAAAAAUGUUUGGGAAUUUAUGGGGCAUUCUGAUUGGGAUAGUUUUUAUGACUCAAUACGAAAAAAAGCCAAAGAAAAGGAAUCCUCGACACCUUCAAAGGAGACCUCAGAACCGCCAAAAAAAACUUCAGCACAGUCAAAAGAGACUUGGAAACCAUCAAGUCAGGCUUCGGAAACAUCAAAGGAGACUUCAACGACCGACGAGCCGGUGGAAGAAGAAAAAUCUCAAAUGUGGAUGAGACAGGCUAAGGCUGAUUUGGAGACCGCGGCAUGUCUUGAUUUUAGUAGAACAGGGUCAUUUGAGUGGAUGGCCUUUAUUGCCUGUCAGGUUUGUCUUUCCUAACAAACCGCUCUAGUCUGCGGAAAAGGUGUUGAAGGCGGCAUAUGUCAAACUUUUUAACAACCGGACGGUGAACUACAUGACGAGUCCCACCAUCCUGGCAUACGACCUUAAGGACCAGACGCUUAUGGACUACGCCAAAAAAUUGGAAAAGCUGAAAUAUCGGAACUUUAAAGGACUUUACCCAGAAAAAGAAAUUCCCCACGAAACCGUAACAGUAGAGCAAGGACAAGAGGCAGUGCUCUUUGCCCAAACAUUGUUUGACUAUAUCAGCUCAACAUAU